CCUGAUACAGCGCAGCAUUAUUCAGUUUUAAUUCUGCCUUAGGCGAAACCACAGCUAUUCUCAGGAGACAAUUUGUUGUGAGUGUUUUACAAACUCAAGGACAUUGGAUAAGCAUUUGUUCGGAAAACGGGUGCGUGCCAGCUGGAGAUCGGAGAUCCAAUCAUCUACUCCGCCUGCCCGCAACAAAGUAUGAUGCGUGGAAAGCGUGUGACGUUCUAUGAGCGGAUAGCGUACAGCGGUCUAAUAAUAGCCCUGCUGGUAACGCUCUGCAUCGACGAUACGUACAGCCAGUUACCGCGUCGACGCACCCGUAAUGACAAAUGCCCAAAGGUGCGAGCCAUGCGCAACUUUGGGCUGAACGCGAUGAUGGGUUCCUGGUACGUGAUACAGUACUUCGCCUCGACGGAGAUGUUCCCGGAGUAUGGAUGCAUGCGCAGCUCGUUCGUCACCUCGGACGGGUUUGUGACGAUGAACUUCACCUACGUGUUCCUGGAUGAUCCGGUCGCCACAUUCCAGCAGGGUAACAUUACCUGGAUCAUACCGAACUAUGGGCAACCGGCUCACUGGGUGCACGCUGAGAGCAGCUAUGAAGAAAUUUACAACACCUACGUGAUCGACACCGACUAUCGUACGUGGGCGCUCAUAAUGCACUGUGCGGAGAAGAUGAAGUCGCAGAAAUACCUGUCGGCGCUGAUGCUUGCCCGCGAACCAACGCUCGGCCAGAACGUGAUCAAUUUUCUACGCGAGAAGCUACCACGGUACGAUAUCGAUGUGGAGAACAUGUUUCCGAUUCCUCAGGAAAACUGUACCAGGAUGGGUACCGAUGCAUACGCAUACUACGCGUACAACACAUCUUAAGCUGUUGAGCUUAGCUAGCUGUUAAGAUUAAUUUUUACAAAAUAAAACGACACACAACGAAUC